GUUAGGGAGGGUCCGCGCCUCAGCCGCUGCCUGCGCUGCUCUAGCCGUUGCCCUCCCCUCCCCUCCCCUCCCCCGGUUCUCGGCGCUGGUUUUUCUUUUUUCCUUUUUUUUUUUUCCCCCUCCCCCGGGGGGGUGAAUCCGCGAAGGGGCUCACACCCGCCCGGGCCAGCGGCACCACCGCCGCCACCACCGCCUCAGCCGCUCGCCAGCCCGCGACCGCCCCAAGAAAAGACACAAGACUCAGCCGCCCCUGAGCCGGAGCCUUGGCCCUCCUGCCGCUGCCGCUGUGCGGAGCGGUGCUGAGGCUGAGGCAGCUGCCGCGGCGGGUCCUGGAGAAGCAGCCGCGGCCGGGGAAGGGGGAGUCGCGCUUCCAACGAUUAACUGCUGAAGUACUGAUCGAGUUCUGCGUUUCUUCAAUGAGGAACUACAGGCUCAUCUUCUGCCAUAAUCUCAAACAGCCAUAAAUGACAAAAGAAUGCUUGCUCAGUGAGGGUAGCUGGUGCAGAAACCAUUUUUUAAACUUAGGUGUUUAAGUACUCAAAGAAAAGACAGCUUUGAUUUCUGGCUGCAAAAAGAUAUGAGGAAGAGCUCCUCCCCUUCCUUGAGUAACUGCAACUCCGUACUUGCUAACAAAAUAUUUGGAAUUCCACUUGAUGAGCUGCAGCAGGGAGGACAUCCAGACAAUGAGGUCCCAUUCAUAGUUCGCCACGUUGUGGACUAUAUUGAGGAACAUGGAGGUCUGGAGCAAGAAGGACUUUUUCAAGUCAAUGGAAAUGCUGAGACGGUGGAGUGGCUUAGGCAGAGAUAUGACAAUGGAGAAGAUGUGGAUUUGGUUAAGGAAGCAGAUGUUCCCUCAGCUAUUAGUCUUCUUAGGUUUUUCCUUCAAGAACUUCCAGAACCUGUCAUCCCUGGUAGCUUGCAUAUUCACUUGAUGCAACUUUCUCAAGAUUAUAAUAAUGAAGAUGAAUUUGGAAGAAAGUUGAGGUUCCUCUUGCAACAGCUUCCACCUGUUAAUUACAGUUUGUUGAAGUUUCUGUGUAGAUUUUUAGCCAACGUAGCAUCACAUCAUGAAGAAAUUUGGUCUGCAAAUUCUUUGGCUGCUGUCUUUGGUCCAGAUGUCUUCCACAUUUAUACAGACGUGGAAGAUUUGAAAGAGCAAGAAAUAGUAAGCAGAAUAAUGGCUGGACUUCUGGAAAACUACUAUGAAUUCUUUGAGAAUGAAGAGGAAGAUUUUUCAUCUACUAAUGAUUUGAGUUCACUAACUGAGCAGGCAGGCAGCAGCGUUCUCCACAAACUGGAGUCUGGAAAGCAGGCAUUUCACGAGGUCCUAGAGAAGGGAAUUACAACAAUGAAAGAAAGAAGAGAUAUUAAUGAACUUUCUGAGGAAGAGGAAGAAGAUGAAAAGCUAGAGCAGUCGGAAGAACUUCCAGAAGAUUGUGCAGAGAAAUCUAAAGAAAUGCCAGAGGUGGUACACUUCAGGAUGACCGAGAACAUCCUGGAAUCUAAUAGUGUUAAAGCAUCAACAAGUGCUCAUAUAUCUCCUAUCAACAUCUUGCCAGCCUCUGCAGACAUUUUAGAAAGAACAAUCAGAGCAGCUGUGGAACAGCACCUUUUCGAUCUGCAGAGCAGCAUAGAUCAUGAUCUAAAGAAUUUACAACAGCAUGGUGUGGGGCAUAAUAAUGAAGCAAAAAAUAUAAAUUGUGAUGGAGAAGGAUCUAAUAACCAGGAUGCUAUUGCUGGUGAUAUUAAUGCUAGUGAGAGUAACAGAGACUGCUCUGAAACAUUGGCUAGCACACAUUUAGAAAAUGAACUAAUUCAGCCUGAUUUUUCUUUUGAGAAUGAAAAAAAUGACCAGUCUUUAGGUAUACUGUUAGAGCCAUGUAUAGAACAUAGUGAUGAUGAAGAUGAAGAUGUUCAGAGAAAUGAGUGUGUGCCAUUUGAUGACAGUGGUAAAUCUUCACAGUUGGCUAUGGAUUCUAGUAGCAAGAUAUGUGAUUUGAAUGCCAACACUGAAACCGAAGUGCCAGGAGGUGAAAGCGGUGGUGGUGUUCAUGGAGAAGUAGCGUGUUUGCAUAUCCCCCAUUUAGAGCUGAAGAGUGUUUCUGAUGGUGAUAAAUGGGAAGAGCCAUUUCCUGCUUUUAAGUCUUGGCAGGAGGAUUCUGAAUCUGGAGAAGCUCAACUUUCUCCUCAAGCUGGGAGAAUGACUCAUCAUCCUCUUGAAGAAGACUGUCCACCUGUAUUGUCACAUCGUAGUUUAGAUUUUGGACAGAGCCAGCGGUUCCUGCAUGAUCCAGAAACUUUGGAUUCUUCAUCUAAAGCACUUUCUUUUGCCAGGACUCGAAGAGCAUCCUUUAGUUCAAAAGAUGACAAAAGGGAAGAUAAAACACCGUAUCAGUUGGUCAAGAAGCUACAGAAGAAAAUAAGACAAUUUGAAGAACAAUUUGAAAAAGAAAAAAACAGUAAGCCCUCCUACAGUGAUAUUGCAGCCAAUCCCAAAGUUUUAAAGUGGAUGACAGAGCUCACUAAACUAAGGAAGCAAAUUAAAGAUGCAAAGCACAAAAGCUCUGAUGGGGAAUUUGUACCUCAAACACGUCCACGCAGUAACACUCUUCCAAAAAGCUUUGGCUCUUCUUUAGACCAUGAGGUUGAAGAGAAUGAAGAUGAAUCCAGAAUCAUACAAAAGGAGAAAAAGCCAACAAAGGAGGCAACACUUGAACUUAUUUUGAAAAGACUUAAAGAGAGGCGUGUGGAAAGAAGCCUUCCAGAAGACAUUAAAAAAAUGACAAAAGAUCAUUUGGCUGAAGAGAAAACUUCUCUCCAGAAGAGUCUUCUGUACUAUGAAAGUCAACAUGGAAGACCGGUAACCAGAGAAGAGAGACAUAUUGUUAAACCUCUCUAUGAUAGAUACCGGCUUGUGAAGCAGAUGCUGACGAGGGCAAGCAUCACUCCCAUUCUUGGAUCCCCAUCUACCAAGCGACGAGGUCAAAUGUUACAACCUAUUAUAGAAGGAGAAACAGCCCACUUUUUUGAAGAAAUUAAGGAAGAAGAAGAAGAUGGUGUUAAUUUGUCUUCUGAGUUAAAUGAUAUCUUGAAAACUGCUACACAAACACAGGCCUUUUCAAGUUCAUUGGAAAAUUCAGAAUCUGAUGUUGAAGAAAGUCAAGAAAAGCUGGCUCUGGAUCUCCGUCUGUCAAGUACUCGAGCAGCUUCCAUGCCGGAAUUACUAGAGCAACUUUGGAAAGCCAGAGCUGAAAAAAAGAAGCUACGCAAAACAUUACGGGAAUUUGAAGAAGCAUUUUAUCAACAAAAUGGAAGGAAUGCUCAGAAAGAGGAUCGGACUCCAAUGUUUGAGGAGUACAGGGAGUAUAAGAAAAUUAAAGCCAAACUUAGGCUCCUUGAAGUUCUUAUCAGCAAACAAGAUUCUUCAAAAUCCAUAUAAAAAUGCUCCUUCAAAACAUCAUAAAAACCAGUUGUAUUCCCUGAAGCUACCAUCGUGUGUACUGGCUGAUGCUUGAGUUCAUUUUUUGUCAUGUGCUAUUCAAAGAAUUUCAUGUGAACUUUAUUGUGGUGCCACUACAAAAAUAUGAUCGAAGGGCAAGUAGGCCCCUUUUAGGGAAUGAAUAAAAUGUUCCAAAUUAACAGGAAACUAUUCUCUCUACUUUUAGCAAACAUGCAGUUUCCUUCAGUGUUUUGUAUUACAGAUACAUCCUUUUCCCAAAAGACUAUAGAAUUUUAUCUUUUCAACUUUAAAGAACUUUGGAAAUUUACAAGCUUUUUGUUAUUACCAACUUCUUUUUGCAUUACUGAAGAAAAUUAAGAUGUAGAUCUUCACACCACACUGAACUACUCUAGUUGCCUUUUUCUUACAGAAAAAUUGAGUGAAAAAACCAUAAAAAUGCAUACAUAUGCAACUCUAUUCUGUGUUUUCCUGGAAAACCAAAAUCAAACUGAAAUUCCUUUCUGAGUCCUGCUGUGGAACAGCUUUCUGUUUAAAUCCCAAAAAGACAAGUGUCACACAGGUAAUAUGUUAUCAAUCCAUGGAUUUUUUUUUAACCCCAAGUCAGUGGUCACAGCUCCUGGACGAAGAAAGCAAUGGACAGACCAGAAAGUGACCUUCCUUAAUUUUAAAAACACAGAAAACAACUCGGAAAACUGAUUCAUUAUCACAUGCUGCCUACAGGACUUGAGUUACUGUUCAUUUUCUUGGUUAUUGUUUAACAACUGGUGGUGACAUGAUUUGCCUUCCCCAACUGAUAAUGUGAGAACCUUAUUACCCAUGUCAGCAUGUGGGAAAUCUGAUGGUGCUUAGACUUGUAUAGUGCCAGCAGAUCCAAACUGGCCUAAAUCAGUAAAAAUGAUUGUUAUAGCUGAAGUAAAUCUGUUUUUAACAAGGGCUAAUAUUACUGCAUUUUACAUGCACCUUAGGGUGGAUUGGUGGGUUGUGUAAGUCUAUAAAUUACAAGAAAAAAAUCCUACAAUAAGCCAACAUCCUUCCUCUCUCCCCCACCCCUCCCCAAAAUUACCUUCUGUUAUCACAUUGUACAUGUGUGAUGCAGCUAGGAAACAGAAAGCAGUGGUGUGCCCUUGUAAGCAGAUCUUUUUUUUUUUUCCUGUGCAUGGUUCAGCUUUAAAAAAGUCCUCUUGAUGUCAUUCUGGUGAUCAUUUUCACUAUGUUGGUUGAUUAUUUGCUUGCUUGUUCUAUAUGAUACAGCAGUCAUUAAAAAGAUUCAGGUCAGGCAAAACUUAAGUGUUAAUUUUUAACUGGUGCUUUUCUGUAUGGGUAAGUGUAUCGGUUUGACUAGUGCUAUGUUUUGCAUGCAGUGAUUUUACAUGCAUGUUUUCUAAGAAACUAAUAUUAGCACACUUUGUUUCAUCAAAAACCAAAAACUUCUUUUUUGGGGGGGGUGGGAACAUCAUUAGAAGUUGUGGGAAGCAUGAACUUCAUAGACUUGGGGGACUGUUAUAAACACAGGGUUGAAAAUGAAUAGAAUUUAUAGUACUUCAAAGUUCAUCUGUGUGUGCAAUGCCUUUUUUGUUUUUGGAAUUGAAUAGUGGACAUAUAGUUUGGGAAUCUUAACAAAAAGCACUAAAACUAGCCAUGUUCUGAUGGUUUCCCUUUAUAUAGCAAGGCUAUUCAUAAAGUUUAUAGAGAAAUGAAAUUUAAAAACUAAAACCAGGACCAUUUAUCACUUUGAUUUGAAUCCAUUGUGCAAUGUACAUUUCAAUUUCAGUUAUUUUUUUUUCUAUCAGUCCACAGACACGGGUGUAUCCAAACAUUGAAACUAAUGUGUACUGUAUAUUGUUGUACAUGAAUGUUUGUGUUUUAUAUGCCACAUGCAAAAUGUCAAUAUGCACUAUUUAAAUGUUUUAAAUAAUAUAUUCCUCCUUUAUAAUGCUUAAAACUAUAUGAUUCCAAUAUUUUUAUAAGUGAGUGAUCUGACUGGUUUUGUUUUAGAAUUAACAGCUGCUUCGUGUUUGUUGUACAGAGUGUUUGAGCUGUUCAGUUUAGUAGAUAAGCAUGGCAACAGUUAUGCUCUUAUGUGUUGUGUGCCAUCCUUGUUGGGCAGUAAGUGGUAGAAUUAGGCAUUUUGUGAUAAAUUAGAGUUUUACUUUGAUACAAGUAAAAACUAUAUAUCUAUAUACCAGCAAUAUAUAGAUAUAUAGAUAUAUAUUUAUAUGUCCAAUAGAUAUAAUUACAUUGCUAUAUCUGGCACUUCAAUGUAUAGAUUUUUGUAAUAAAAAAUACCUUAAUCUUUA